GAUUAUAAUGAAUGGCCACUCGCUCAAUCAUAGUUGUUGCAUAACCAGUAUAGCCCACUUUAUGUGCGAUGUCUUACCCAUUUCGUUCCACCGAGUCUGAAGAAGUGAGAUUGAAUAGUGGUACCUUGACACAAUCGGGCCAAUGUCGUGACCAUGUGUCUUUUAUCGAGAAGAAGUUGUGUACACAAGUUGCUCGAAGGCGCAAAUGUACAGCCCAGCACGACUGCAAGGGUGCUGUUACUACGACUCACCUCCGCUCAUGUGCAGCUGAUUUAUUUAAACGGCGUCUUCGAUGGAUCCAGGCUGCAUACCAUGAGGAUCUUGUAGAGCUCAGCUUUAUUCAAAGCGGUUCUCUAUUAAUAGACUUUCCUCCUUGGAAGCUUAAAAAAUCCCAGGAGCUAAUCCAGGCAUUAUGCUCUGGUCACCUGGAUGCCGAAGAUCUAGCAUUGAUUGGAGGAUUUAUGUCUGGUGAAGUUGCAGCAGAUGAAUUUUUUCCUCUGGGCAGUGCCGCCAGUUCAUCACAGUCUGUUUUCGAUGGAGAAUCUGAUGAAGAGCGCGGAUUGGAUGAGCUCUCUUUACACCGGUUGGCUAUUGAAGAGUUGGAUGUCCUGAAACGCGUUGUGGAAUUGAAACAAGCAGGAUUGUGGUCGGUUGAUGAGGUCACUCUUGAAAGUAAUGAUUCUGGACCAGCAGAACCCGCUCCCAGCUUAUCCUCACUAGCUCCCCCUCCGGAACAAACACAGCGGGUCUACAGUGACUACCUUUUUGCCGAAUUACGUUGGUUGGCGGAGGAUUACAAACGGGAACGCCAGUGGAAAAGAGUCUCUGCCAAAAAGCUGGCUCUGGCAUCUAUUAAAGUUUGUCGAGAAAAAACCGAGCGAUCAAUGAAAGCGGAAAAGGAGGAAGUUCUACGCACGCGAAAAUUGUGCGCUGUCAUUACCCGUAUGGUGCGCGAUUUUUGGCGUCAAAUCGAUAAAAUCGUUCAUGCCAAACAACAAGUUCGUUUGACGGCAAAACGGCAACAAGCUAUCACUACUCACUUAGGGCGGGUGUUAGAAACCACCGAGGAAUAUACACGUUGGUUAACCCAAGAUAUGGCUGGCAAAUGUGCAGUUCACCCGGAUCCGAUUUCAAAAGCUAAUGACCCACCCGAACUGAAUGCAGAUGGAUGUGUCAACCGUUUGAAUUCCCUGGACAAAGUGUCCGAAGUUGCCUCCGAAGAAACUGGUAACCGAUCAACACUGUCUGAAGAACGGGAGCUCAGCUCUUCGGAUUCUGAGUAUAUGAACGAUAAUUCUGCUAAAUCUGAGGCCGAAGAUGAUGAGGAGACAAUCGAUCGAGAGGAGCGGGAAGCUGCAUCGUAUACAGCGGAGCCACUCCCUUCAGCUGAAACCGAAUUGGCCCAACUGGCAGCUGACGCAGACGCGCCGAUCGAGAAUCUUCUCCCACCUGGUUACUUCGAAUACUUAAUGAGUCAAUCAGUCACUGAGUGUACAACCGGCAGCAAGACAAUCGUCAAUACAUUUGAAUCCGAGACGAACAAGGCAGAGGACGUAAAGAAACAAGCUAUGGAAAUCACACAACCUUCAAUCUCAUCCACAGUACCCGUUCCUUUCUUGCUUACUGGUGGUACAUUACGUGAGUACCAGUUAGUGGGUCUAAAUUGGCUCGCCACUAUAUAUCAGAAGCGACUGAAUGGGAUUCUUGCGGACGAGAUGGGUUUGGGCAAGACCAUUCAGACCAUUGCUCUGCUGGCUCAUUUAGCCUGUGAGCAUGGGGUUUGGGGACCUCACCUCAUCGUGGUUCCGACAAGCGUGAUUUUGAACUGGGAAAUUGAAUUCAAACGAUGGUGUCCGGGCUUUAAAAUCAUCACCUACUUCGGCCAUGUGAAGGAGCGCAAAGAGCGACGUAAGGGUUGGACAAAAACCAACGCAUUUCACGUCUGCAUCACCUCUUACCGUCUGGCUAUCCAGGACUCCCCGGUGUUUCGACGCAAAAAGUGGAAGUAUUUAAUUCUGGAUGAGGCACAAAAUAUUAAGAACUUUAAGUCUCAACGCUGGCAAACACUGCUUACCUUCAACAGUCAGCGCCGUCUGCUGCUCACUGGGACGCCGUUGCAAAACUCGCUCAUGGAGCUCUGGUCCUUGAUGCAUUUUCUUAUGCCGAACAUCUUCCAAUCACAUCGUGAUUUCCAAGAAUGGUUCGCGUCUCCCCUCACAGGCAUGAUAGAAGGUAACAGCGAGUACAACGAGCAACUGGUGGCACGUUUGCACAAAGUUUUGCGACCAUUCCUAUUGCGCCGACUCAAAGCGGACGUGGAACGACAAAUGCCGAAGAAGUUUGAACAUGUGAUAAUGUGUCGCCUAUCCAGAAGACAGAGAUUCCUCUAUGACGAUUUCAUGAGACUGGGCAGCACCAAGGAGACCUUGAAGUCGGGACAUUUUCUCUCUGUUAUGAAUGUGCUGAUGCAGCUUCGCAAGGUUUGCAAUCAUCCCAAUUUGUUCGAGACACGACCCAUCAUCUCUCCUUUCCGCGUGGCUGACUACCUCCUAAGCUCGGACCUCCCCGCCUUGAUCUCCUCGGUCAGUCAUCCAUUUUUGGUCCUCGGCCCAUCGGCCAACGGGGGUCCGAGUCCGAUCUCCAGCGCGUCCGCUUACACUGAACCCGAUCUAAGUUGGCUGGACCGAGCAGGCACCGCAGCCCGUCUCCUCGGUCAAACGUGCAAUCUUGCUGAGAUGGCUCGUGAUCUCCCAACCUUCGUUGCCCAGCGCUGCCGUGAUUUGUGCGCUCGUUCUAACUUGAUCACCGUUAUUGACACAAUGGAUGUUGUGGACGACGUGUCCACGAAGAGGAAGUCCGUUGACACUACUCGUUGUAUUGACAAGUUAGAUGGAGUUCGAAACAGUUUUCUAUCGCGUAAUGUAAUCAGAACCGUACAGGAAGAGCGAUUUGGCAAUUUCAUUAUCUAUCCGCGAUUGGCCCAGCCGGUACCUGUGGAUCCAGUAAUUGUGGCCGUUUCCCCACCCUCCAGACCGUGCAAUACUGGUAUGCCCAAGUCCAUUUUGCGGAAUCGGACCUCCGAACGUCAUAAGAGACUCGCUGUUAUGGCCCGCAUUAAUGAACGACGUUGUGAUAUUUAUGAUCGUGUAUCGCGGACUCCUCAUCUCGGCCCUCCUGAUUUUGAAAGUCCCCUAGGACCGGAUUUAGUCCACCUUGUCACGCGCAUGACUCGAGAGCCAUGUGCGUCUCUGGGCUCUCGGUCUGUUUACCUGGGGCUAGUGAACGGCUGGUUGGCUUGCCAUCGAAGUUUGCACUGGUGGCCAAGUCGGGAUGAUGCUUACGGCCGAUCACCUGUCCAGUCCAGAGUGGAACAAGCGGCCUGUUUGCCUGUCACUCGAGCAUCCUUUCCAGAGUCUGGUUCCCGUCUCGGUCCCGAAGCCUCUUGGGCCACUCGGUGGUUGUGGAGUCAAGACUGCACUGCUCUUCGAAUGAUGCUUUCGCAUCCUGCAGACUACUUGCACGAUUUAGAUGAUCUACUAAAGAGGUUCUCAUUUGUCGUCCCCCUCGUCAUUUCGUCUGGAUUCACACCGCACACAUCCUGUCCGAAAUACCGUUCUCAACUGGUGGGACAAUCCCAGCGGAUUUAUUCGCUGCUAGCGUCUAGCUGCCUGCCCGCUGUUUGCUUGCCUUCGUCGGGCUCAGAUACACCAACAUCUCGGGGUACGCGCAACACCCUGCCUCUGAGUCCGUUGUCAUGGCUGAUGCCCGUGCAAUUGCACCGAAUUGCUACCGCAUGCCGCAUUCAGUUCCCCGAUUCCCGCCUUAUUCAAUACGAUUGUGGCAAGCUACAACGUCUGGAUUUAUUACUGCGCGAACUGAAGGCUGGUGCUCAUCGGGCUCUCAUUUUUACUCAAAUGACACGCAUGUUGGACAUAUUGGAGCAGUUCUUGGCUUAUCAUGGACAUCGAUAUCUUCGCCUAGACGGAGCGACUAAGGUGGAGCAGCGACAGGUCCUCAUGGAACGAUUCAACCAAGACAAUCAAAUCUUCGUGUUUAUUUUGUCCACUCGGUCCGGAGGAUUGGGAGUCAACCUCACCGGUGCAGACACCGUCAUUUUCUACGAUUCCGAUUGGAAUCCGACCAUGGAUGCCCAGGCACAAGAUCGAUGCCAUCGUAUCGGGCAGACUCGAGAUGUGCACAUCUACCGAUUGAUCAGCGAGCGCACCGUAGAAGAGAACAUCCUUCGUAAAGCAAACCAGAAACGAUUUCUUUCUGAUGUUGCCAUCGAAGGUGGCCGCUUUACAACUGCUUUCUUCAAACAGAACACCAUAUCCGAAUUGUUCGCGGAGCCUACAGGACUCCAGGAUCUUGUUCAAGAAAAGCAGAAGGGGGAUGAUCAACCCAUUAGCACUGACCCCAUCUCUUCCAUUGGCUUACAAGGCAGUGGAACGCCUAGUUUCACCACAGAGGAUGAGCUAUCCGUAACACCUUCUCCAUCCACUGUUCCGUCGGAGGAAACACAGUUUGCUGCGUUAUUGGAAGCUUGCGAAGAGGAUGAAACGGACAGGAUUGCUAUCAAGCAAGCCAUGGCAGAAGCCAAGGCCGACUUAGCAGAGUUUGAUGAAACUAUCCCUCUCGAUGAUGCCAGCCGCUCAGGUGCCGAUGGCGCUCUCUUUGGUCCCGAAGUAAACAGUAGUGGAUCGGAUAUCAUCGCUCGGUUCGCAUUGAGCAAGAGACAACAUCGAGGCACUUCUUCAGUUUCAGCUCCCACAGACGGCCAACCGAAUGAGUCAGUCCACACUGUAGAUGCCGCACUUACUGACCUCUCACCGGCGGACGAGACUACGGAGUGUCCAGUUGAGCGGGAACUGAUGGAAUUUGAAGGGACCCUUCUUCCUAUUGAACGAUUUGCUGUUCACCAAUUGGAAGAGCAACGAGAGGCAAUGUUGAAUGAGGAGCUCGUGUACGCCGAUGCCCAGUUGACGGAAUCCAAUGAAACAUGGCGACUGGAACAGCUCAAAGCGCUUCACGUGGCCGACGAGACUAGGGCCGAAGUGGAAGAGGAUGAUAUGCUCUAUUGCUAUGGUACCUACGACCCAUCUGCCCAGCAUUUGGCCGAGUUGGAGCGUUUGGAACGGAUCAUUGCGGAAGAGGAGGCUGCGGCGGACCGCUCCGCCAAUGCACCACGUACUCGCGGCCGAGGCGACCGCUUCCCCAGACCUACUGGUGGAAUCAAACGAGGUCGUGGUCGCGGUCGUGGCCGCGGCGGGCACUCCCAGUGGAGAGCCGACAUUCAAGCGGACGAUACGUCGACAAAUGAAACGGUGCUGAGUGAGCAGGUCGAGCACAAGCGGUCAGCUGUUCGUCCGCGUUAUGCUGAGAGCAGCGAGAGUGAUCGUGACAGCGAUUUAGAGCGCUCCCACAUUCCGUCACAACACCUCCCAACUGAACGCGACGCACAAUUUCGCAAAAAUACUCAAGAAUGGGAAAUCUUCGUAUCCUAUGAAGAUAAUGGUAAUGAUACCGAAACGCAGAAGUGGAGUUUCAGUUCGCGUCCUUCUCACUCCCCACCAGUUUCCCAUACACAUCGUACCUCAGCACAUGUUCCUCGUGGAAAACGUAGAGGCUUACCAUCGAGGUUCCUCAUCCCCAGAAAGAUGCCUAGGGUGUAUUGUACUUCUUCUCGCACUCAUGGUGAACAAAUCGCUCAGCAUGCUCCGGUAGCAAGACGUCGAGGUCGACCUCCCAAGCGUCUGACAUCGAACCCAAUCUUGGGCUCAUUCGUACGUUCCAAUCACUUUGUUACUACCCCAUCCGUUUCACCCAAAAGGCCACUUCCGACCACUUUCGAUCGAUCAUCACCGGAGUCGUCCAAAAAGAGACUUGAUCAACGGAUAGCGUUUUCUUCCAGAAAUACCGCCGUUCAUCAAGAGGCUAUGCGGCUUUCGAAUCCAAGAUCUUUCACCUCUGUUGAACUCUCGGAUUCGGAUGAAUCGUCCGUUGUUCAGGCUGGGCGGGGUAAAACUCCAGGACCACUGUCUGCGAGGCCAAACAGGUUUCCACCCGUUAAGACGGCACCUGCAAUACGUCCUGUGAAUGAGGCGCCGUCGUUCGGGCAUAUGACCACCUUCGAAACUCGACGCAUCAAUCCCACCUCGGUGUCAAAUUCCCUCCCAAAUCCCGUGAAAGUCUUCACUAUUAAACCGAUCACGACGCCGAGGGCCUCCAAUCCUUCAAACCAAUCCGGCUUCACUAUCCCCAGCAAAUCAACGCCUCCACGCAGCACACAUCCAACCACAACAACUCCAACGAGCCGUCCUUCAGAACCAGUUAUUCCGGUCCAGUCAGUUGGAACAGGCAUCCGUACGAGUUUACCUGCCGGUCAACUGUUCACCGCAACUGGGCAACCAGUGUUCGUGAUCACCAGAGAGAUGAAGACGCCGACAGGUGAAGUGUACCAACAACGGUUCACACAUCCCGUGGUGCCGCCUCCUCAGUUCACUAAUGCUGUCCACCGGCUCGCACGACCGACAGGAGCAGUGCAGUCACCGCUGGUAUCGGUGGCAAACAUCAACUCACCUGGUUGGUCCACAAUCCGAGUUUCCCCUGUGCCACCCAGUCCACGUUUCCCAGUUAUCAGACUUGCCAGCCCCACCAAAACUGUACAACUCGUACCUUCGAUCCAAACUAACACUCCCGUGCGAGCUACGCCGCGGACAGUGGCUAGCUCUCCCAUUUUCAUGGUCCCGUAUAACUCAGCCGGUCAAGCAGGUACCAAUAUCCCUGUCAUUCGAACGAUACCCACCAUUCGAUUGGUGACAUCUGAUUCUACAGCGACUCAGGGAGCAGCAUGCAUCCCGAAUGGAAUCACAGUUACCUCUCAUCCCACUCACAUCCAGCUCGUCAAUAUUAGUAACGUUACAACCAAUCCCCGUGCCCCCACUUGAACUCGUUCACUGAUCAGUUAUUUUUGUCCCCAUGUCGAUAUGAGUACGAAUAGAUUCUCUCCAAUUUUUUCUCCAUUAUCUGCUAUUGCACAUUCGCUCCUCACCGGUCAACUGAGCCUCGGCAGUCAAUUUGUGAUGUACAUAGCAUUCCUCAAUGCACCAAUGUACAGUUGUCUAUUUUUACACUCCAGUCUCGUGUGCUUGACUUAUUUCCUGAUUGAUCUUUGUUCUCAGGAUCUCUCAGUUGAACAUAUUCUACAUGGAACUGAUUGUCUUCCC